GCCGACUCGGUGCACCUCGCCUGGGACCUCUCGCGGGCCCUCGGGGCCGUGGUCUUCUCCCGGGUUACAAAUAACGUUGUUUUGGAAGCGCCCUUCCUGGUUGGCAUUGAAGGUUUACUCAAAGGCAGCACUUACAACCUUUUAUUCUGUAGUUCUUGUGGGAUUCCCAUUGGUUUCCAUCUGUAUUCUACCCAUGCUGCCCUGGCUGCAUUGAAAGGUCACUUCUGCCUUUCCAGUGACAAAAUGGAAUGCUAUCUCUUAAAAACAAAAGCCAUAGUAAAUGCAACUGAGAUGGAUAUUCACAACAUGCCUCUACCAGAAAAGAUUGCAGAGAUAAAAGAGAAGAUAAUAUUAACACAUAAUCACUUAAGUUCACUGAUGAAGAUGCUGAAGGAAGUGACUCCUGACCAGUCCAACACAGAAAACUGAUCUAGAACCAGAGCUUGAGUAUCAGGGUCAGGCCUUACUGCCAUCUUCAAAGACGGGUGCUGUUCGAUCAUUUCUUGAGAAAGAUCAACUUCAAGAAUGGACAGGAAAUGUGGUUUAUUAUGUUUACACCUAGGCUGAUUUUCUGAAUGAUUUGUGAAGCUGUUUAUAGAAGAUGAGAAAUUAAGGAUCUCUCUGGCCAAGAUUCAUAUCUAUUUGACUUCAGAAAUUAUUUUAGCUCUCUUAUCAGUUUCCUAGUCAUUUCUGAAAACACCUUUAACUUCAUAUUUAGGGAUUAAGGGGCAAUGUGCCAUGAAUGAUCUUAUCUUAAGAAAUAUAUGGUAAUAAAGUUGUACUUAAUGUUGACUAUUGUGAUUCCUACAUGGAGCAGUUAUAUGAAUGGUUGUAACCAAGAAUUAACAUUUCAGUUAAGCAAUAAAGGUUUUAUAUUCUGCAUUUUCUCAA